AUGUCUGCCUCCACUACUCCAUCUCUGUCUUCCGGACCAUCGGGUUCCUCAACGCAGAUCGCAACACCGUCAGAUGGUAGCAUAUGUACAAAACUUCAUGCGCUGUACUGCUUCGAUGUCCUGGCCGCACAUUAUCAGGGGAUAGAUCCUGUGAAGCCACCUUUCGAGAAUUGGGGUGAGAAGUAUGCUCUUUUCGUCACCUGGAACACCAACAUGCAUCAUCGAUCAAAUCGUAAACCAGCAUUAAGAGGGUGCAUCGGCAAUUUCUCGCCAAUGCGUCUAGCAAACGGAUUGGCGGAGUACGCUUUGGUUAGUGCUCUGGAAGACCACCGAUUCUCACCAAUCAAACCUAGCGAGCUGACCCAUCUAUCAUGCAAUGUCUCCCUUCUGACUCCUAUGGUCUCGGUCAGUUCUCCUCUUGACUGGACGCCUGGUAUACAUGGUAUACAUAUCACCUAUACACACCCUCAAACUCAUCGCACUUUAACAGCAACAUAUCUUCCCGAAGUCGCCUCUGAACAAGAUUGGUCCCGGGAGGAAGCAAUACUGUCGGCCAUCCAGAAAGCUGGGUACAAAGGCGAAGUCAAGGUAGGCGAUGAUGUGUGGGAGUCUUUGAGCGUAAAAGUAUAUGAAAGCGAGAAAGCCACCGCUACUUGGGAGGAAUAUCAGAGAUGGGUCGAGGGUAGAGGCAGCAAGAGUUAG